UGGCUACACGGGUCGGUGACGUCACCGACCUGUCAGUAGUGUUGUCUGCGCAGUGAUUGCGCUAUAUUUGCUCCCUUUCCAAGAGCAGGAGACUGGGAAGCCGCAUAGGAGCAGGAGCAGAAUUUUUCUCAGGGCAGCCAAAAUUUGCUUUGGAAUCACGUAUCCCUUGACAGUAAUGUAUUUGAUGGAUCACCGUGGAUACAGAAGGAUACAGUAACUAUGAGAUUCUAUGUUAGCAGAAAAGAAACAUGUCUUCUUCAGAUGACUGGACACCUGAAGAACUGGACAGCACUUCUUCGAAACUUCUCCGGAAAUCUCAGGAGUCUCCCUUCGUCCCAGCAGGAGUGGCUGGCUUCUUGACUGUUGUGGCAUAUGGCCUGUACAAGCUACGUAACCGUGGAGACCAGAAGAUGUCCGUUCAUCUCAUUCACAUGAGGGUUGGUGCUCAAGGAUUUAUUGUUGGUGCUAUGACUUUUGGAGUGAUAUACUCCAUGUACAAGGAAUACAUCAAGCCUCGUUUUAGUCAUCCAUCUGAGAAGUAGAACACAGAAGGGUAUACUCGUGAGAACACAACAGCUACACAUUCACCUGUGUCUGGGACCUGUCUAGCAAAGCAUCUCACAGUUAUCUUCUUUCCAGUGGAUGAAAACACCCUUUGUUUUUAAUGUAGGCGUACCUGUAUUUUACGUGUGUCAGACGUAGGCAAUAGAAUAAUACCAGAGGACAUAGAGCAUUCUACAUAAGGAAAUACCCUGGCUGCUAUAGAACUGCAUCUCUCAGAAUGGCAUGGCAGCCAUCAAACUGGCAAAGUGUCAUGGUAGUUGGGGUUCUACAGCAGCUGUGGAUUAACAUUUGGCUACCUCUGUCUUGUUGAAGGUAUUCAUGUUUUCCUAACAAUGGGCUGCUAGUAUCGUGCAGGGAAAAAUCUUCCUACACACCAUAUUCAUUAAAAACGGCAAUAUAAAAAAAUAUAUAUUGCCAGAUACAAAUGUGAUUUUUUUUUUUUUUUUUAUAAUUUUUAUUUUAAAAGAGGAAACAUUGGUGGCCCUAUGCCACUGCAGUAUUGGGCAAGGCCUUUGUAACACAUAAACAGUUGAUAGCACUGAUUAACCAUAGCUAGUUUAAAUUGCCAAAACAGGCCUGAUCAUUAUUUUUAUUAGUGAAGUUGAAGAGGUGAGAAUUUUUUUUUAUUUAUUUUUUACUAGUGGUUUGUUGUUAAUAUCUUUAAAAAUCAGAUCGGGUUGAGACUACAUGCUUCCCUUCAAAUCAUUUAAUAUCUUUGGAUCAAGUUUGAAUUUAUUUUCCCAAACAUACUAAAAUAUCAAAAAAUAUAUCAGCAAAAAAUAUCCGUAUAUUAAAAAAAAUCUACAUAUUUAAAUAUUUUUCAAACUUUUAAAUAAUUUUAAAAGUGUAUCCACAAAUAUUAAAUCAUUUGAAUAGCUUAGCCAAAUAUAUUAAAUCAAUGCCAAUUUUAGACUAUAACUCUGGCUAAUUGGACAGUGAAAUGUAGGUUUCGAGAAUUAUGUUUUUAAAAUUAAACACAAUUAGCAUCUGCAGUUAGUGAACAGCCAAGUUCGUUUUUUUGUUUGUUUUUUUAACCAAGAAUGUAUGGAAGUUGUGUAGUUUCCAGAUUGUUAUAUUUUUAGAAUGUAUGGGAGUUGUGUAGUUUCCAGAUUGUUAUAUUUUUAGAAUGUAUGGAAGUUGUGUAGUUUCCAGAUUGUUAUAUUUUUAGAAUGUAUGGAAGUUGUGUAGUUUCCAGAUUGUUAUAUUUUUAGAAUGUAUGGAAGUUGUGUAGUUUCCAGAUUGUUAUAUUUUUAGAAUGUAUGGAAGUUGUGUAGUUUCCAGAUUGUUAUAUUUUUAGAAUGUAUGGAAGUU